AUGGCUACGACACCUCCGGCCAUCCUCGGGCUACCGGCAGAGCUGCGCACCAUGAUCUGGGAGCUGGUUCUGCUACAGGAUCGGCCUGUCCUUCUGGCGCCGAGGCCACUCUUGAUAGAACAAGGCAAUUACUUCAAGCUGUGCAAUUCGAUCGAGCCUGGUCUGCUCAGUACCUGCAAGCACAUUCGGAGCGAAGGACUGCUUCUAUUCUACGCGUCCAAUCGCUUCAAAUUCGUGGACAAUGGACCCCUGCUUGAUGCCCCGAAGGGCUACUUGAGCCUCCUCAAAUGGCUGCAGGGUACAGGAGACACCGGAAUCAGUGUCCUUGGAGGCUUGGUCCUGCAGUCCACAGCUGUCUGGCCCGCUUACGCCAUAGGUCGCCUACAAUGGCCUGUUAGCGCAGAUAGACCAGCUUGUACCGACAUGGAAGCUGCCGAGAUUCUUGCUCGCCGGGCCGCCGAGAGAAUGGUAAUCGUCCUGAGCCUUGCGGGAGGCCAGAUGUACCCGACCUUCAAUAUUCCAGAGGUUACUGGAACCAGAAACCCGAUCUUCAAGACUUCAGAGGUUACUGGAAACAGGCCGUAUUGA